AUUCCCCAAACAUACAGUAUUUAAUUUCAUUUAAUUAACAUUACCCAUUUCCCCAAAAAAUUUCACAACCCUUCUUCUCAUCCUAGGAAACAAUCCACAUCCACAUAAAUAAAUCGAUCAAAAUAAUCGGCUGCAUAGCUGGUGGUGCACGGCGGAGUGAAGCAGAAGUGGGAGAGAAGAGAGAUGCGACAAUUUUAGUCGUAGGGGUUGGGCCCAGAUGAAUAGUCGCGAGAUUAGGGUGAAAAUAGUCAGAAGAGACGGGCCACGACGCGGGCCGACGGGCCGAGAGAUAACUUUGUCACAGUAACCGAACGUCGGAUAAUCCGGUGACUGAGAUUGAGUCUGGGUGUAGUACCGGCAUCCGAACGGGCACUUAGGGUGAUGUUGCUAGGCUAUUGCUUGAUUAUUUGCUUGUCCUGAUGAUGUGGCAUGAAGAUUUGCUGGGCUAUGGUUGGGCGAAAGCUACUGGGGAUGCUCUUAAGAUCGAUUAAUUCGUUACAGAAUGCCAAUGGUGUGCCUUCAAAAUUCACAAGAACCCUAACGCCAAAAUACAUUCCAAUUCAGGGCUACAUUGUCAAUAAUGUUUGCCAUCAGCGCAAAUCUAUCAGGCAGCAAACAAUUCAACAUCAACAAUCGAGACGACAUCUCCAGAUUUCUAUCGGAUCUCCGGCUAUCUUCACGGGAGUAGCAAAAUGACAGGGUUCUUCAGCUCAGAUUUGGGGAUGAAAACUCGUUCCAUGCAAUGUGUUUCUGUGAUAUUUCUCAUAAGCAUCAAAUCGUUCGUACUGGGUUCGAUUUAUACAUGUUCUGUCGAUGAAUACAUCGCAGAAAGCUAUUUCAAGAAAUACCAUAGCUUUAUAGAACGAGAAUUUGACAAUUUCAUAGCAAAUAAAAUCCCACUAGGCUCGUGCAAAUUACUCAAAGAUGAAAACCUACUUAUGGUGAAGAGUCUAAGUCGAAAUGUGAUUGGCGAAGGCUCUCAUCGCUGGCUUUCUUCUUCUAUGAGGCUUAAGUUUCCACGUGAAUUGAAACACGAGCUCACUGCACGUUCUUGUGAAGUCGUUGUCAUUGAAAGGCUGCCCUCUGGGGUCUUCGCUGAUCCUUUCGAGCUGCAGCACUUUGUGCAACGCGGUGUGUUCACAGAUGCAUCUGUCUUUGGUGACACGAAUUUAGAGUUACCUUCUUUCCGCUCAAACCAAACCGUUGUUGAGAUACAUAUGAGCAUUGAUUCUAAAGUGCCUUUGAGGGAUGAGGAUGAGUCAGAAAUCAUCCUUAAGGUUCCAUUACAUGCACGAUAUCAGCCUCUAGGACAUGGUUUCUCAAGGGUUGAGUUUGGGGCACCGGAUAUAUUCGUGUGCUGCAGCAGCACUGAACAAGACGUGACUAAAAGGCUCUGUCAACCCAUCCCCACGAGCCUCAUCCCUGACAAGAAAGGCAGUCCACUUAUGUGGGAAAUACCAUGUGGCAACAAGGAACAUGCUGCAGUUGUGUCUGCUGUUACUUUCGGGUUUGCUAUCUCUACUGCAUUGCUUAUUGUAUUGACGUCUGUUUCUUACUCAAGGCAGUGAGAAGCGUCUAACCGAUAACAUGGUUGGCAGUUAACCAGACAAUGUUUCCUACUACUUUCUUAGUUGCUUAGUCUUGAACAAGAUUCAUGGCCUAUCCUAACUGAAUAGUUUCCACUGCAUAUCAGCAUUUGGAUUCCGUUGCUUGCCCGAACGAGAAGGAAACAUGUCUGAAAAUGAAGGUGAAGGUGGAAGCAACGAUGUUGUAAGAAGUGUGAGUUGCUCCUCCUGUUCUUGCAUAUUGAAUAUGUGAUCUUGCUAUUUAACUCAUUAGUUUGUGUGAUUAAGAGGUGAAUGAUUGAAAUUAUGGAUGUGUGACUAGAAAUAAUAUUUAUGUUUUUACAUAUUUAUGGAGUAAUUGAAAUAGCUUCAUCUUUCA